CCCCUCCCACGCGCGUCCCAUCACCGCACUCCUUUCAUCCGGCUCGAGCAGGAAGUUGAGGAAGUACGUAUUAUGACGCGCAUGGUAUUCAUUCACUUCUCCGUGGUUGAAGCGGAUGGUGCGGAUCUUGUGGCUGUAGACGGGGUGUUGGGAGAUGGAUGUGAGAUGGGAGAGGGAGGGCUGGUGGGGGACGUGUGUGAAUGUUGGGCUGAGGAGGUGGUCUGAGCCUAGACGGGCCCAGAUUCUCGAGACGAGACGGAGGGAUUUGAGGUCGGGGAUGGAGAGGUGGUGGAUGAUUUCUUGGCGGAGUUCAGUGGGGAGGGUUUCCAUUUUUUUUGUUUUUGAGGGGUGGUGUUGGUGUUGGUUGGAAGGUAGGGGUGCUUGGAUUUUAAGUAUCAAGCUGAUCGAAAUUCUAGAUACUUCGUAGAUGAGGAUGAACCCUAAGCUAUAAUAUCGGCGGAGAAGGUAAAUAACAGUUCCUAUUCUCCCGUGUCUGGCUUUCCAUUCGAAACGAUGAUGUGAGUUGACAUGACGUCCUCCCACGACCAAACUCACUUAUGCCCCUCUUCUUAAAUCCGAACUCCGAACACUGUAAGCUCGUACUCGAGUACAGAGAGCUCAACAGUUUCCAAUUAAGCAGAAACAAACUAAAUAGACACAAAAGAUAUCCCAGGGAACCAUAACAGUGCCAGUGGCAGAAGUUCAAAUCCAAGCCUACAUAAGCCUAUUCAAUUAUACCAUAUCUAUAUCCAUCUUGUCCGCACAUCAAUCGCGAAGAAUCUAGAUGAACUCCCGUUGAGACCCCCACCACACCACUCACUCCACUAUACCAUACCUCGGCUCCAACAGCUGGUAAGCAAGCUUACCCCCUACCUAAGCUCAAGCUCCCCAACGCAACGACAUCCUAUUCCAUCCCACCAACACCACCCCACCACCCUCUCUUCCUAUAACCACAAUACCACAACCCAUGUACCAAAAAAUGUCCCUCCUAAAGUACGCCUUCCCUCCCCUCCCUACCCUCCCUACCCACAAACCCCCUCUCCCCAUCUCACCCACCAACAAAACCCCUUCCUCACACCAACGCACAGAAAAUUCCGCACCCUCCCCCCCCUCCAACGCGCCAGCCUGCUGUACCNUACCCUCCCUACCCACAAACCCCCUCUCCCCAUCUCACCCACCAACAAAACCCCUUCCUCACACCAACGCACAGAAAAUUCCGCACCCUCCCCCCCCUCCAACGCGCCAGCAUCGGGGGCGCUUUUCUCACCUGGGGCACAUUGGGACUAUACCUCUCGGAGAGCGCGGAGAGGAAAUUGGGGUUCGAAGCUAGUGCGAGGGAGAAGGAGGAGUUGGAGGGGAUGAUGCCGAGGAUUAGUGUUGUUGAGAGGGAGGGGCGGAAGGGGGUGAGGUGAUGGGAGGGGGUGGGGUGAUGGGAGGUGUGAGGGGGGGGAAGGGGAGGAUCAAGAAGAAGGAUCUCGAGCAGGGAACCAGAGGGCGACGAGAGAAGAGAAGAAAGAGGAGGAAGAGGAGACGUUUCUGGCACGACCACGAAGGGCGAUAGACCAUGGAAAAAAAAACUCGGAAAGCAACCAAGACAGACUCGACUCAACAGCAAACCACUCUGUCAACAUCCCCUUCCCUCCUGCCCUGCUCCCUCUUAAGCACCUCCCUACGACACCACAUCCAACCGCCUACCCGAACCCCCAAAUCCAGAUCUAAAUCUAGAUCCCCCUUCAAUCAAUCAAAGAGAAGAGACACGCACAUGACACAACGAGAACACCCACCAAACCCCUCCCUCAUAUAACCCCCUCACCCAACGGCCAAAGAAAGGAGCAGCGGGUGAAGUAAGAGGCAGAGAGAGAUCAAGUACCCUACGAACAAAAAAAAAAACAAUGAGGUUAUUUCUCAAUGGAUACAUGCAUCAGUUGACAGCACACACACACACAAACCAACCCACCCACCAACCAUCACCCAACCCAAAAAUCCAUACAAAAAUCCUCACAGAAGAACAAAACAAACUGGACCAAACGAAAGCAGCGCAGCAGGUAAUAUAUAGCAGGCAGCAGGAACCCCAUAAAUUAGGUAUAUUGUACUACUACUCUAUGUACUGUACUGUACUGUACUGUACUAGACCGUAAAACUAUAACCAAAUCAACAAUCCCCUC